UCAGCAGUGCUGCACACCGUGACUGGGGUUGUCGUGGGGCCUCAGCACUGUCGCCGCAGUUCUGGCGUGAGAUGUUGUAAGCCAUCAGAAUGUCCAAUAAGGAGGUAAAGACAGCACUGAAGAGUGCCAGAGAAGCGAUUAGGAAUAAAGAAUACAAAGAAGCUUUAAAGCACUGCAAGGCAGUGCUGAAACAAGAAAAAAACAACUACAAUGCCUGGGUGUUUAUUGGCCUGGCAGCUGCAGAGUUAGAACAGCCUGAUCAGGCCCAAGGGGCAUACAGGAAAGCUACUGAACUUGAACCAGGCCAGUUACUGGCAUGGCAGGGUUUAGCAAAUUUGUAUGAAAAAUCUAACCAAACUGAUGCAAAAGGAGACUUGGCCAGUGUCUAUCAAAAGCUCUUGGAACUUUGUGAAAGUGACAAGCAGAAAUGGUGUGAAGUAUGCAAGAAGCUUGUGGAACUGUAUCACCAAGAAAAGAAACAUUUGGAGGCAGCUCGAACAUGGCACAGAUUGGUUAAGGUAAAGCAGGAGGAAGGUGCAGAUAAUGCAGAGCUUCACCAGUUAUGGAAGAGGAUGAUCCAGUUACUGGCAGACUGUACACAGAAUCAAGAUAAUGAGACACAGCAGUUGCUUUUGACUGCAUUUGAACAUGCAGUGAACUCUGCAGACAUGAUUCCCAGUGAAGACCAUCAAAUUCUGUACAGAGAUUUCAUUCAGUGUUUGUCAAAAUUUCCUCAUGAAACAACUAGGUUGAAGAAGGCCUGUGAUGACAUGAUGGUUUUGUAUCCUACCUUGAGUUAUCCUUUAGAAGUACUUUGCUUGCACUUUAUUCAGUCAGGUACUGUCACUGAAGAAGCCCUGCAUUUCUGUUGCAGGCUUAUGGAAAUGGACUCAAGCAGUGGCCCUGGCUUUAUUGGUUUGGGCAUCAAAUCCCUCCAAGAAAAAAAAUAUGAAGAGGCUGCCAAGCAUUUGUCUGAAGGUUUGCAGAAGACCAGCCAGUGUCCAGCAGCAUGGUAUUAUCUGGCAGAGGCACAAAUGAAAAUGCAAAAAUACAAAGAAGCUGUGUUUUCCUGCAAUCAUGCUCUUAAGAUGUUAGAACAGCUCGGCGAUCCUGAUGCCCUUCUUGAGCAGAAAAAUCUUGCACUUCGUUUGAAAGUAGAGGCUUUGGUUAAAACGCUAGAUGCUGACAUGGCAGAAGACGCCAUUAGUACUCUUGAGCAGGUGCCUGGUGUAAAUAGUGACCCAAUACUUCUGGCUCUUAAAGGUCGGGCUUACAUAAACAAAGGCUUGAUCGACCAAGCUUCAAAGGUUGCACAACAGAUUAUGUCAUCUCAUCCUCACGUGGCAGAAGCCCAUGCUCUUGAGGGGUUGAUUCAUUACACUCAAAAGAAUUAUCAGCAGGCAGAGAGAAGUUUUCAAAGUGCUAUUGAAAGAGAAGCUGAAGUGGCAGAGUAUCAUCACUACUUAGGACUGACUUAUUGGUCCAUGGGUGAAGAGACAAGAAAAGAUAAAACAAAAGCUCUUAGUCAAUUCUUGAAGGCUGCAAAAUUGGACAGCUACAUGGGAAGUGUUUUCUGCUAUUUAGGCCAUUACUACAGAGAUGUAGCGGGAGACAAAAACAGAGCUCGUGGCUGCUAUAAAAAGGCUUUUGAAUUGAAUCGAAGUGAUGGAGAAGCUGGAUCAGCAGCUGUAGACUUAAGUAUGGAACUUGGAGACACGGAGAAUGCUAUAGCAGUCUUGACUUCAGUCACUGAAAAAGCAAGUGCUGGUGCAGCAAAAUGGGCAUGGAUUCGUCGUGGUCUUUACUACCUGAGAGCCAAUCAGCAUUCACAGGCAGUAGCUGACUUGCAGGCAGCUCUGAGGGCAGAUCCAAAGGACUCCAACUGCUGGGAGUCUCUAGGGGAGGCCUACUUGAGCAGAGGUGGCUAUACGACAGCACUUAAGUCCUUCACAAAGGCCAGUGAACUGAACCCAGAGUCUGUUUACAGUAUUUACCAGGCUGCAGUAAUUGAUCAGCUUCUAGGAAGAUACAAGGAAGCGAUUGCUGAAUAUCAAAAAAUCUUGAAGAAGUCAAAGAAAUAUGUAUCUGCACUAAAAGGUCUGGGUGAAUGCUACCUCAUGGUAGCAAGGGCUGCUCUUGCAGAUUACCUAGACGACAAAGCACUGGACUGCAUCGAGCAAUCACUUGAAUAUUUUACACAAGCAGCGAAGUGUCGUCCUGAUGUAUCUUGUAUCUGGAAACUACUUGGAGAUGCGUGUACUAGUGUGCAUGUGAUUUCAACAUCCAAAGUAAAUGUUAAAGUUCUAGGAUACCUUAUUGGUCAGAACACAGACAAGCAAACUCUGAAGAAAAGUGAGCUCCUCAUCCUGGGAGGGAGGUGUUACGGCAGAGCUUUAAAAUUGAUGUCCUUACCUAACAUAUGGUGUGAUCUUGGAAUAAAUUACUAUCGUCAAGCACAACACCUAACAGCAAUGGGUAGUGACACAAAUGAGAUCAGUGAACUGUUAGAGAAAUCUGUACAGUGUCUCAAAAAGGCUGUGAGGCUUGACAGUAAAAACUACCUCUACUGGAAUGCUCUUGGUGUGGUUGCUUCCUGUAGUGCAAUUGGGAAUUAUGCUCUUGCUCAACAUUGUUUCAUCAAAUCCGUUCAAGCUGAACAAAUUAAUGUAGUUGCCUGGACCAACUUGGGGGUUUUGUAUCUAGUAAAUGGACACAUUGAGCAAGCUCAUGAAGCCUUCAAAGUAGCUCAGUCUCUUGAGCCCUCAUAUUUACUGUGCUGGAUUGGGCAGGCUUUCAUUGCAGAGCGUGUAGGCAGCUAUGAUACUAUGGAUCUGUUUAGGCACACCACUGAACUCAGUAUGCAUACUGAAGGAGCAAAAGGCUAUGCCCAUUGGGUGUGCUCAACAUUGCAGGAUAAAAGCAACCGAAACUCUGAGCUGUAUCAAUACAACAUCAUUCAAAUGCAUGCCAUUCCAGCAGCACAAGUGGUUUUGAGCAAAUAUACAGAAAGAAUUCAAAAUGAUGCAUCUGCUUUCACAAUGUUGGGUUAUUUGAAUGAGUAUCUACAACUGAACAAACAGGCAACAGGUGCAUACGAAAGGGCAGUAUCAUUACUGAAGAACUCCAAAGAUAAAGAGAAGUGGAACAUAGCAAUACGAAAUUAUGGUAGAUCACUGUGUGGCAUAGGUCAAUACGAUAAGGCCAUCCAGGCUUAUAUGUCAACUUGUCUCAGCGAACUUGAUGACCUUGUAGGAAUAGCAUUAGCUUACUUCAAAAAGGGGCUUCUACAGGAAAGUAUUAAAGCCUAUGAAAAAGCCUUGUCCAUUGCUGAAUCUGAACAUGACAAAGCUGAUAUCUUAACAGCACUUGCAAUAAUAGAAUACAAACAGAAUAACGUGGAUGCUGCAAAGACGCUGCUGUUUAAGUGCUCUAUAUUAAAGGAACCCAGUACCGAAAGUCUGCAAGCACUCUGUGCUCUUGGGCUGGCAAAACAAGAUGCUACACUAGCAACAGCAGCUCUUAAAGAACUACUAAAGCAUGUAAAAGGGAAAGAUCACUUAUAUGAGAGAUGCCUUAUUAUAUCUGCUGUAUAUGCACUGCAAGGCAGAAAUGUGGGAGUACAGAGGCAAGCUUCCAAAGCUAUCCAUACCAAUCCAGAUAAUUCUGCCCUCUGGUCUCUCUUGUCUCGACUAGUUCCUCAGCAUACACCACAAAAUGCAAAGGGAGGAGCUGUGACAGGAAGUAUUGCUCAGAUACUUGAUUUAAACCAGGGAAAGAAAGCCUUACUGAAUACUGCAGUUAAUCAGCUGGCAGCAGGCUGUCAUUUAAUUGAAGAUGAGAAGAACAACCCACUAAAGAAUAUCCAAAAGGCAAUUCAUCUCUUUCCAGAUGACCCUGCAGCCUGGGCAGUGCUAAUGGCUGCCUGCCAUGCUGAAAACACUGUUGUCUGCUUGAACAACACACAGCUUAAGAGAACAGAUCUGGAAAUGACACUUGUAGCCACAGUUUCAGCCAAAAUUGCAGGAAAUAACUUUCCAGCUAAUUACAUCCAAGCUCUUGAAGACUGGUCUCUUUGUCAAGCUAUUACUGGUUUAAAAGAGAUGGGUAGACUCACAGAAGCUGAGGCUCUCUGCACAAAGGGUUUAAAAAGUUGUCCCGAGCAGCCAGCACUGUUCUUACUUUUGAGGCAAAUUCAGUGUAGGCAGUUGUUGCAGUCACAUAAAGAGCUUCCAGAUGCCAUCCUGGAGGAACUCCGUAAAACGGUCAUGACCAGCGGCUCUUCAGUUGCAGCUUGGCAUUGGCUGGCAAAAGUAUAUGAAUCUCAGAGAAUGAUGGUUGCAGCAGAGAUGUGUUACAGAAAGAGUCUACAGUUGGCAUCACAGCAGGGUAACUGGCAUGGGAAGCUAUCAAGUCUGCUCAGGCUAGCAAUGCUUGCCCUGGAAAUCUGCAUGGCUAAUGUUUCAAAUGAUCACUGGCCAUCUUUAGUACAGGAGGCAACAACCGAAGCCUUGAAACUUUCCUUCUGUCCUCUGGCAGUUCUUCUGCGAGCACUGCUACAGUACAGUCGCAAGAUGGGAGCAAGGGAGACUCGUCGGAUGUUGGAAAAAGUUGUGUAUCAGCCGGGGUAUCCAGAAACUAUAGUGUCAGUUGCACGCUGGUACCUCCUAAAACACCUAUACGCCAAAGAUGAUUAUGAAUUAAUAGAUGUGCUUAUAGCAAAUGCCAAAGCUAACGGAGAUACUAGAGCUCUGGAACUAGAUAAGAAGUUGUCGGCAUGUUCCUAGCCUGGACUUCCUUUAAGUGGGACAGCUGCCUCUUUCUUUUUUUUUUAAUUUCUUUUAUUUGAGGGAAAUGAAAGAAUUUUGAGAUGGGCCCUUCUAUCAGUCUGUCUUUGAUUUUAAAUGAACAUGACUCAUCCAUUCUUCCCUGUCCCUCUACCCACUUAAAUUUAUUUAGUGAUGCUGUAAUGAAGAAUGUAUUUAUCCCUGUUCUUCAUGUAUAAAUGCCAACAGAAGUGAUUUUUAUUUUGCAUCUGCUGCAGUGGUGCAAAAUAAUAAGGUACCUUUUUUUAAAAAGAAAAAAACAAAAACAAGGCCUUAAUAGUUGUCUAGGUAGUGUGCAAAUGAACUGUUUCUGCUUUUCCUAACUGUUGUAACAUGCAGGAAUCUAGCAAUAUGCUUUUCACUACAGUUUUGAGACCUAAAUGUAUCUGCUAAUUUACUGAUAGCCCCAAAAUAGUUAUCGUUACAACUGACUCCAUUGGACCUUCUUGUCUUCAGACUUCUACAAUAAAUAGUUCAGGCAAAGAAAAAUUUGUGCAAUCAUCAGGUUUGUAGUCACAAAUGAGUCUGACUUGUUUUUGUAUUUAUCUUUUUGGUAACCCAGCUGUUGACCAUUUACUUGAAUUAAUCAUGGCAGUGAUUCUUGAUACAUGAUGUUACUUUGCCCAUUACUUGCAUGUGAUUAAAAAAAAUGCAGUUAUU